CCCAUGUCGGGUCUCUCCCAAACUUGUUCAUCCUCAUGUUCUCCAUCUUCAGCGUCUCCUUCACAUUCAGAUCAGGACUAACCCCUUGUCCAACUCCGAGCCGAACUCGUCUCCAAGACAGUGUCGGACCUGCUUCUCCAGAAGUUCUCCAAUGCAUCCGAAUUCGGAUUUGCUACGAGCAGAGCGGGCUGUGGUCUCCUCUGAUCCAGCGCACCUUCUUCCUGAGCUCAGAGGGCAAGAUACUCCCACAGCAUGAAAUGUUCUCGAAAGUUACAAGCAUAACCAUCUCGGAUAGUUAUGAAUUACGUAAGAGUGGCUAUACUGGAAGACAAAAAUGCAGAGCUUGGUUUAAGGUAAGGACUUGGUGUUGCUCCUCACGUCUCUAUGGUUCCUCUUCGAUGUAGUGUGCUUUGCUACUAAAGCGGAGCACACAAUGAGGAUUGAGAGAGAGAGAGAGAGAGAGUAAUGGCAAGACGUUCAUCCUCAAUAUGAAAAUAAAAACUCAAAGUUCGCUUUCCAUCUAGAGUUUAUUAUCACCUUUGGAUUCCUUCCCCUUCCUCAACUGGACCUAUACACACUCUAUAGCUACAAAAAGAAAGCAUGUAAAAAUUAAGUAUCAUUGUAAGUGGGAGAAAAAGAGGAAUGAAGGAUUAUUAUUUUCAACUGUUUUAUGGUGAAAUUGUAAAAAGUAAUUUACCAAUGCU